CGACAGUCGUCAACAGAUCUGUGUUUGACAGAUGUUCGUUUACGUUGAACCGCUUCAUUUAAAGCGGUACGGCUGACGGACCGGAGCGGCUUGUUUUGGGGUUUUUCCACCGCGGAGGACAAAGCUGUACCGACGCAAACAUGUCCGGAGAAAAGCCGACGAACCCCUGCAACAAAUUCCAGGCCAACGUCUUUAAUAAAAGUAAAUGUCAAAACUGCUUCAAGUCGCGAGAAGUGCAUCUGUUGAAAGACCACAACACAGAGCAGGUGAAACCCAUCUACAGCGGCUGGUUGUGUUUGGCUCCAGAGGGGACAGAUUUCGACAACCGGCUGCAGAGAUCCAGGAAAUGGCAGCGGCGCUACUUCAUCCUGGAUGAACAGGGUAGCCUGAGCUACGCCCUGGAUGAACUGCCGAGCACGUUGCCACAAGGGACGGUGAACAUGAAUCUGUGCACAGACAUCACAGACGCCGAAGGCAGGACGGGCCAGAAAAACUCUCUCUGCAUCGUCACCCCGAUGCAGGAAAUAUUCAUCCGCGAUGACCACAAAGAGAUCAUGAACGGGUGGAGCGAGCACUUCACAGUCUAUCUGCGAACUAACAAACAGAAUCAUAAGAAAAAACGCAAAGUUGAACCCCCCGCCAAUCAGGAGCCCAGUCCAGCUAAGAUGGCAGCGACUGAUCCUAGUUUUCCCUCCUUGGAGGAAGACACUGCAGAUUCCGGUCAGUGGCAGAAAGAUCAGCGUGCUGAAGGACCAGAUGUGACCCCGGUCAGGACUGGCACCAACAUGAAUCCCCCUGGUCCUGACUGGACCCCUGCAGGUAACGCAUCCUCCUAUCUGUGCCCGCUUUCCCGGGGCUCUCUGACCUUGGAUGGCACUGGAAGUUUUGCCAACUCCGUCAGCUCCCAGGACUUGGUUGCUGUUGGAAGCACUAACACCAGCAACAGCCAGCUGGCCGAGUCGAACGUCAUCCAAACAUCAGCAAACGUCCAGAACAAGAGUCGGGACAGAAGGGACAUCUCGGCUGGGCGGCUGUUGGGAGUUGGGAAGGAGCUCAGAGGGGGGACAAUGGUCUCCAGGCAGGGCAGGACAGAGGCUCGUACCAGCCGCCGAGAGAAACUUCAGUCAUGUGGUGACACGACGCAGCUCGGUGCUUUGCCUCCUCAGAGAAGAUCCAAGUCUCUGGACCGCAGGACGUCAGACACGGUCAUGACACCAGAUUUAUUAAACUUCAAGAAAGGCUGGAUGGUCAAACUGGAUGAAAAUGAUCAGUGGAAGAAAUAUUGGUUUGUUCUCUCAGCUGACAGUCUGAGAUACUACAGAGAUGCUACUGCUGAAGAGACUUCAGAUCUCAAUGGAGAAAUUGACCUGACAAAGUGUUAUAACGUGUCUGAUUACGACGUCCCGAGAAACUACGGCUUUCAGAUCCACACCCCAAAGGGCGUCUUCACGCUGUCGGCCAUGACGGCAGGAAUCCGUAAGAACUGGAUCCAGGCGCUGAUGAAGAAUGUGCAUCCAGUCAAUGCCCCUGAUGUUGCCAGUUUACCUGGCCACCACGUGUCCUGCAGCCCACCUGGGGUCCUCCCCAAACCAGAUGUGACGCAGGACUCUGCUUCCUCUGAUGUCUCCACGGAAACAGACCCCCAGCCCCAUCCCAGCAGCGCAAUAAAACGUCGUCAACAAGGUUGCUAUAAAUCCAUUGACUGGAGCGAGUUCAGGCCUCGGAGCAAGUCGGCGGUGGAAGUAGAAACCCGGGAAACCAAACCACUGUGCUCGCUGGAGGUGGGUGACCUGGAGGGUCGGAGGAGGCGGGAGGCGAGGAGGCGGAAGUAUGAGACCAUGCUGGGCAUCUCUCUAGGCUUUGGAGAGAGGGGAGAGAAGACAGUGGACAGCUGUGUGCGAGCGCCAAGUCCAAAGUCACAGCAAAGAGUGGAGGAGGAGAUCGAGGAGUUCUGGAGGCAGGUGGAGAAGUUUGCGUUCAGAGCGGAGAGGAUGGUUCCGCUGUUCACUGAGACCAGAAACACUGCAGAGGUGGAGGAGCUGCUGCAGAGCUACAGGAAACAGGUUGAGGAACUGAAGGUCCAGCUGGCAGAGUCAGAGCAUCACAGACUCAAACUGGAAGCUCAGCUCAGCACCGACGGAUUCUGUCAGCAGCAGGUGGACCCUUUACUUUGUUCAGAAGCAGAUUUCUGCCCAGUAGAUAUGAUUAAAAUGCCACUAAAAGGCUUGAAGAAUUCAUCCAAACAGACUUCAGAGCUCCUUCAGCAGCCUCACAUCAUGGAGCCGCUCCAGCUUCAACCAUCUUCAUCAGGAUCACAGCUGCCCAGCAUCUGGCUGCAUGAUGACCAGGGUAGUUUACAACAAGUGGAGGCUUUUCCCCCUGUGACAGACGCUGCACUUUUAGCAUCUCCUGCAUCAAACAGCCAAAGCGAACUGUCUCAGACUGAUGGCACAACAUCCCACCACUGGAAUCAGCUGUUCCCCAACGCAGACACAAAAGUAAAUAACAGUGACUUUUUGAUUUUAAAGCCGGCAGAGAGAGAUGACGACGUCCUGAACCACGUAGCUCCAGACAAGAUGAUACUGAAGAGGCUCUCCCAAGAGGUCGAGCUGCUCUCCAGCCAGAAUGAAGCUCUCAACCAGCGCAACCAGGAGAUGCUAAACCAGCUGACAGAGGCGGACCGUGAGAUAGAGAGGCUGAAAGCAGAGCUCAACAGGAGGUACACCGAGGAACAUCAGGGAAAGAUGAGGCUUGAAGAUCUGCAGAAGGAGCUGAGCUCCAAGAACGAGGAGCUCCUGGAGGCCCAGAUGCUGAUCACCUCUCUGAAGGGAAACCUUAGGGAGACAGAAGCACUGCUGCAGCUGAACAGUCUGGCCGAAACCGAAGGAGUAGUCGACGCUGAAAACAAAAAAAACGCAGAGAUAGCAGAAGAAUACCUGCUUCUGUGUUUUGAGCCAACAGAGGCCAAGCUGGCUGAGCUGGAGAGGCAGCUCCAACAGUCAGAGCUGACCUGCAGGGAGCUUCAACACCACAACAAAAAGCUGAAGGAAGCAGGAGAACGUUACUCUGGGAGAGCUGCAGAAGAGUUGGAGAAGGACAGACCGGGAGAAGAAGAAAGGAACAGAAGUGUUUCUGGGAACGAAAAAAUCCAGAAAGUGAUAGAAGGAAUGGUUCUGAGGCUGGGAGCUUUGGAGAAACUACUGGAGAUUAUUGAUGGGUUAAGUUUUAUAAAAGAAACUGAAGAAGAGGAGGAAUGUUCUGCAGUAAUGAGCCAGCUGAAGUGGGAGGAAAAGUUCUGGAGUUUAUUGCUCAAAAAACUGAACGAGGAUCCAUCUGAAAUGAAGAACCCCGUAGCAGUGAUUCUCAGGGAGAUGAUGGAGCGUAUGAAGUUAGAGAAACAAAUGCUGCUAGUCAGCCAUGAUCUGCUUCUACACUCAGAUAAGGUGAGGGAAGGUGUGACAGCUGUGAAAGACUUGGGCUUUAUGUGGGACAGUGGAAGUCUCAAAGCACCAGAAGCCACAAAGAUAAAUGAAAACAGAGAGUUGGGUUUUGAUAAGCAGCAGUGUGAGAUGGAGCAACUGAAAGCCGUCACACAGGUAAAGAUUUCUUUGCUGAAGCAGAUCUCCUCCAUUAGCACCUCUGUGCUCCACAAACUGCAGCUGACUGCAGACACGCUGUAUGAUUUUCAUUUCUCAGAUCCUUGGACUGUUUCAUUCGUUCACUCUGCAGCUACUGAGGCGCUUUACCGAUGCCAUUUAAACAGGAUUCAUUCAAGAUACCAGACAAAACUCUGCCAAAGCUGCGUCAGCCUAGCGGAGGAAAACAAGGAGCUAAAAGCAAGUCUUUCAAACCUGGAGGAGAAACAACUCUACUUGCCGAGUGCCACGAUGAACACAUGCUGUCAGACAGACGAGAGUUUCUACCAGAGCACAGGGGGAAAUCCUGCAGAGGAAACACUAGCAGAACAGAUGGUUGAAAACCAACACCACGGGAUGGAAAUCCCUCUUUUAAGCAUGCAAAAGAUCUCUGAUGAACACUUAGAAGAAAGCGAUGAGGACAAUCCAAAUGUGGUGAUGGAGCAAAUGUUAGAGUUGAGAGUAAAAGUGAAGGAACUGGAGGAACAAGUGGAAGAGCUGUCUGUCUUAGCAGACCAGAUGAACCACGAGUUUGGCGAGAGGAUGAGUUCUGUGAAGGAGCAGCAUGAGAAGGAGAUGGAGAAGCUGAAGGCCACAUGUGAGCGCGGACUUACCUCCAUGACCGAGUAUCACCUGAAGGAGAUGGAGGAGCAUCAGCGUCUCCACCAGGAGGAGCUGGAGCGUCUCCUGAUGGAGAGAGACAGGCUGCUGGAGGAGGAGAGCGCCGCCACUGCAACCGCCAUUGAAGCCAUCACGAGGGCUCACCAUGAGGAGCUGCAGAGGGAGGUCCAGAGGACACGUCCGCCUGAGAGUAGCCAUGGAAACACACAACUGGAGGACAUUUACAGGCAGCACAGGGAGGAGCUGGACUCCAUCCAACGGGAGCUCCAUGUUUUGUCCCAGCAGUUUUCUCUGAAGUGUCUGGAAAACAGACAUCUUGUCCAGGCUCUGGAUGCUGAGAGGAAGGCUUUAUGUCAGUGCCAGCUGGAGAACCAGGACCUGAGGAUCAAAAACCAGGAGCUGAGCGGUCACCUGGCAACAGAGGUCACCAGACUGUGUUCGCUGGCCAAACAGGACACGCUGCCGCUCAGUCAGGAGAAGGAUCUGUACGAGAUGGAGAUCACGCUGGGAGUGAAGGAGUUUGAGGUCCAGAGUCUGAAGCAGAAGAUCACGUCCUUGAAGGAAGAGCUUCAGUCUGCGCUAAAGGACAAGAGAGAUUCAGCAAAGGAGUACAAGGACAUGUUGGCUGAGCUGAGCUUCUUCAGAGCGAAAGCAGAGCGAGAGGCCGACGAGCUGAGAGAGCAGCUGAGGCUGGCGCAUCGGGCUGUGGCACAAACUUCACCCUGAGCUUCAGCCAGAGUAUCAAUCAGUAUUAUUUCACUCCAGUGAACUGAUGAACACAUCUCACUUUAUCUCCCAGUAAUAAAGAUAUUAUAAAUUAUAUAAUAUCAAAUAUUGUUAUAACUUUUCGUUGUGUUGUGAUAUAUUUUUUAGAUGUUUUCUCUUUUUGGUCAAAUCUGUCACAGUCUGUAUGAAUGUUUUUUUCUAAGAAUUUACAUAAUUUAAAUUAAACUUUUUUCCUUAUGACAUGUUAACUUAUUUUGAUAAUGAUUUUUAUUAAACUGGUUUAAUAAAUCAUUUGUUAAUUUUCUCUUAUGGAGCUACAGGUCUUUAUUAAGGCUUCAUAAUGUGUUUGUAUUUUUGUUACUAUCCAUUAGUGAAAUAAAAGCAGCAAUUUUAAAGCAAAAUAUAAAAACUUAAGCACAUUAAAAUAUUUUUUUAAAAAAGACGUUUUUAACAGUUAACAUGAGUAUGAUCACAUGAUGUUUUGUGAGUAUUGCUCUGCAGAAAAAGAGUGAAUCAUUUAUGUCCAACCUAUUUGCUAGUUGCUUUUUUACAGCUUCCAUUUUAGAAACAAAUAACUUGCUAAAGCGACUUAUUUCAUGAACUUCCUCCCUUUGAGAACUUUAGCAGUCAUAUAGGAUUCACAGAAUGCUUCUCUAGACCAUAUUUCGAUAUCUGAUUUUAAUAAUAAAAAUGUAAUAAAACAGUUAUAUUAAUGGAAAACUGCAUCCCAUAGAGGCAUAAACCUUGGCAUCCUUCGGCAGAAACUAUAUAUAUAUAUAUAUAUAUAUAUAUAUAUAUGUAUGGAGCAUUUCAAAAAAUUAAUUUAUAUUAAAAUAAUUCUGUAUUCUGUAUUGACAAAAAUGCCCUUGAUACUAAUCCCUAAAUAGAAUAUUUUGGAUUAUAAACUUCUGGCUGGUUAGAUUUUCUAUC